AUGCACUCCAUUGAGUUUACGCCUUCGUUAUGGGGAGUGGAGACUUUCUCCAUCGAGUCUAAAGCCGGGAAAUACUUAAUCUACUUACCAACAGAUCAUUGCUGAACUUAAAACUCAACAAUGGCACUUUGUUUCUGAGUCAAUCUGUAGAUUCUAUUUCCUCAAAUGGGUUGCUGUGUAAGCACCAACACAGGUUCCCUUCGUGCAAAGGAAUCACAUUUGCAAGUGGGUGUUGAAUCCAAAGCUCCACCACCUUCGGCUGAAGAAGAAACUGUGAAGGAAGUUUUAUCUGAAACCCCAAAACCCAAAGCUCCCAUCUUUACCCCACAACAAGGAGAGAGCAAGCAAACCCAGAUUGAGAAACCGGUCUUUGUCAAGAUCCAAGAGAAGGAAAGCCUCAAUUUCAACGUCAAGACCAAACCAAAAUCACCUGUCCUUGAAGAGUCAGCUUCGGAAGAGGUUUCCGAGAUUUGCAGCGUGAGUUUAAGUGAAAGCCUUUCCACUGUUACUGAUAGGAGAGAUGAAGAAGAUGAAGUGAGGCAGCUAAAGGUGUUCAGAUCUGCGGCAAGGCCCGGGUCAAGGAACCGUGUCGUGGGUCGGAAGCUUGAUCAAUCACCUAACAAAAGAAAUGGGGUCGUGAACGGGGGAUCAUCAGUGAGGUUGGUUCAAAGCAAGGGGGGAUCCCCAGUGAAACGUGGGUCAAGACCCGAUCCGCCAAGGAAGGAUCCGGAUGAGAGUUCAGGGAGGAGGUCAAGAUCACCUGCGGUGAAUAGAGCUGUAAUGGGUCGGAGCUCGUCCGGAGGAAGGACCAUUCAUUCUCCUGGUAGGGUCCGACGUGACCCAGGAGAGCAACAACAACACGUUACUACAACUACCAUGGAAGGGGAAUGGCCAAGCAGCAAUAAUAAUGGUGCUACAACGAGUGCUCCAAAUGAAUCACUUGAAAAUCCUCUUGUCUCCCUUGAAUGUUUCAUCUUUCUUUAAGGUUUGGAGUUCAUAUAUUGUAAUUUCUCUUAUUGUUUUUGUUUUGUUUGUGAAUACUGAUUCAAUGCAAAUGUCAAUCCGGACUGCAAUGCAAUGGGAGAUUUUGGUUGUAUUUAAGAACGUAUGAAAUUGAAUGCCUUUAACUUGA